GAAUACAAGCCAGCUCGUAAAACAUGGGAUCUACCAGGAGGAACACCGUCUUUCAGAUGAGUAAGACAAAUAAACCUGGAUCCAAGGCAGCUGUUUCACCAGUUAGAGGAUCUGAGGUGGCUAGCACACCCACUCAUCGGGGACAGGGGUACACUCCUGUUCCAAGCCAGCAAAGUCCUACGGCCUUUAGCCCUAUGAACUAUCGAAGAACAGAAGCUUCCUAUCCCACUGCUACCCAUUCUGCAGAUCAUCCUCAGUUUUUAUCUCCCCAGUCAGGACCUGGCAUUGCCAUUCCUAGAGGAAACGAGAAUAAAUCAAAAUCAGACUCAUUCCGUCACUCUCCUCACCAAAAGAUCCAACAAACUCCAGCAGCAGCUCCCUAUACUUCCCAAAUACAUCGGACUUUAAGUCCAUCCAGAGAAGACGGAAUCCGAAAAGGGGGUGAGAGUAAGUCAGGGCAUGACCGCACCCGUGCCACAUUCGCAGAUGCCAAAUCCUCCCGCCGAUUGAGUUUUCAAGAGGAGAAGGAUAACUUAGAAAUCUUACAGGAAGAAGACCCACCCUCGAAAGUACAAUACCCACAAGGAGUCAGAGUUCCCCGUAGACAUUUAGUUCAUCCAAAGGACGAAGCAGUCCAAACUGAUCCCAUCCGAAAGAAUGUGGCUACUGAGGCCAGAUCUUACAGGAAACCCUCUAGCCCACAACGAGGCAGUAGUAGAAUCACUACAGACUCAAAGAAAGCCCAGAAAAGGAUGCCUGUCCAAGAGUCUGAAGUGGGUCAUAGUGGCUCUACUAACAUAGAUCCCAAGAACUUGCAUAGAAGUAUGAACAUGGAAUCAUCCCUCAGAGUCUCUGUUCUUAAAGAUCUGAAUAGUGGACACCGAGUUUCUUUGCGUCAAGACCCUGAGUCUGUCCGCAGUCAAACUGCCCAUCCCAAGGCCAGGUCCUCUCCAAAAAUCAUAAUAUCAGAAGUAGAGUCUAACAUGAGAUCCUCAGUCCGAGGGGACAACGAACCUGGUCGCAGAGUCACCAUCUCCCCAGGGGAUCCGUCAGUACAGUCAAUUUACCAUGUUCGAGCAGCGUCUGAGAGCCCCCAAAAGCCUUUCAUGAGUGCAGCUGUGGAACCUGUCCAUAAGCAGACAGCAGCAAGACCCCGAGAAAAUGUCUUCAAAUACCCAGGGCCCACCCCCAAAUGCCCUGCCCAAGCAGUAGAACUGGAACUAACUCCUCGGCCCCUACCUCCACGUUCCUUACCUAAGUAUGAACCUGACUCCUCAUGGUGGCACUUACUCAAUCCUGAAGAAAUACCCCAAAGCCGGCCAGUAACACCUGAUUUUGAGCUUACAGCCCCUCCUUCCCCAGACAUACUCUCAUACUUUUAUGAAAUGGACUCGUGGCCUUGCAGUGAUGAUCUCAUGUUCCAGAGAGAGAAGGCAUGUCUGUCACCACCAGCAGCAGCAAUACCAUCAACAUUACUACCAAAGGAAUCUCCUAGCUGGGCACCAUUGAGGGAAGUGCCACAAGCCAGCAAGAGCACCUCUAAACAAUCCAUUCAAAGGUUUAGUGCUUUCUUCUUGGAUGUCUCUGAGGAAAUGUACAACCGUGUCAUCUGGUGGCUAAAAGAUGAAGAGAUCAAGCGCUUCCUGGAGGACACAGAUGAUGCAGAACUGAACAAGUUCGUGAAGGAUUUCCCAGGAAGCGAAAGCUGCCACCAACCAGAGGCCAAGACCCGGGUGUCUAGGUCCCAUCUGGAGUCAAGGCCCCAGACCCCGGACCUCUGUCAGGAUGACCUGGAGUUCAGACCCCCCUCUUGGCCCCAGUCCUGUGACAGUCAGCAGUUCUUCACUGCCCCAGCCCCUCUCAGCCCCUCAGCCCGGCCCCGCAGCCCAUGGGGCAAGCUUGAUCCCUAUGACUCUUCUGAGGAUGACAAGGAGUAUGUGGGUUUUGCAACCCUUCCCAAUCAAGUCCACCGAAAGUCCGUGAAGAAAGGCUUUGAUUUUACCCUCAUGGUUGCAGGAGAGUCUGGUCUGGGCAAAUCUACUCUUGUCAAUAGCCUUUUCCUCACUGAUUUGUAUCGGGACCGAAAACUCCUCAGUGCUGAAGAACGGAUCAUGCAAACUGUGGAGAUCACCAAACAUGCAGUGGACAUAGAAGAGAAGGGCGUGAGACUGCGGCUCACCAUUGUGGACACACCAGGCUUUGGAGAUGCUGUCAACAACACAGAGUGCUGGAAGCCUGUGGCAGAAUACAUCGAUCAGCAGUUUGAGCAGUAUUUCCGAGAUGAGAGUGGCCUGAACAGGAAGAACAUCCAAGACAAUAGGGUGCACUGCUGCCUGUACUUCAUCUCGCCCUUCGGUCAUGGGCUCCGGCCACUGGAUGUUGAAUUCAUGAAGGCCCUGCAUCAUCGGGUCAACAUCGUGCCUAUCUUGGCUAAGGCGGACACAUUGACACCUCCUGAAGUGGAGCGCAAGAAAUGCAAAAUCCGGGAGGAGAUUGAGCACUUUGGAAUCAAGGUCUACCAAUUCCCAGACUGUGACUCUGAUGAGGAUGAAGACUUCAAAUUACAGGACCAAGCCCUAAAGGAAAGCAUCCCAUUUGCUGUAAUUGGCAGCAACACUGUGGUAGAGGCCAGAGGGCGUCGAGUUCGGGGCCGGCUCUACCCCUGGGGCAUUGUGGAAGUGGAAAACCCAGGGCACUGCGACUUUGUGAAGCUGAGGACAAUGCUGGUGCGUACUCACAUGCAGGACCUGAAAGAUGUGACACGGGAGACACAUUAUGAGAACUACAGGGCACAGUGCAUCCAGAGCAUGACUCGCCUGGUGGUGAAGGAACGGAAUCGCAAUAAGCUGACUCGAGAGAGUGGUACCGACUUCCCUAUCCCUGCUGUCCCACCAGGGACAGAUCCAGAAACGGAGAGACUGAUCAGAGAGAAAGAUGAAGAGCUGCGGCGGAUGCAGGAGAUGCUGCACAAAAUCCAAAGACAGAUGAAGGAGACACAUUAGCUGGCAUUCAUCCCUGGAUAUUUAAAUAUACUCUUCCUCCUGUUCGUCCCAGCCUCUCCCAGCACCAGCUCUGCUCAGGCCCCUGUAGCUACUGCCACUUCGCCUUACAUCCUUGCUGCCUCCCCAGAGACUCAGAGGAAAUAAAGUUUAACAAAUCUGUA